AUGAUACUACCUGCCGACUCCGAUGACGGCGAGGAGGAUGAAGGCGAAGCGCCGUACCGCUUCAAGGGGCGCGACCUGCCCGCCCACGAGUCAUUUGCCGCGCUCCAAGGCGGCGGGUUCGGCGACGAUCUCGACCCGGGCCGCAAGUGGUUCUUUGACGACGAGCACGUGGCGUGGCUCACCAUGCCCACUCACUGGGGUGACACCAACUCGUACAUGGUGUACGGGAGCGAGUGGUGGCCCGGCUGGUCGUACGUCAAUGUCGCCCUGGUGGCCAAGAUCCCCUCGGCGGAGGAGCGUGCGAUUGGCGUCGAACGCUGA